AUGGCGCCCGAAGAACGAGAUCUGUUCACGUACACCUCCGGUCGCUAUCUUUACAAUGAAAAACUUCGGCUUAUCGAGAGGCAUGUUGAGUUUAAUGUUCGUGCAUUGAAGAGCAUUGCCGCCAGAUCUGUAGGUCGAGAGUCGGUCACGGGCAUCACCAAACUUGCGGAGGGGGGAUUCAACAGGGUUUUCCUUCUCACAAUGAAUGAUGGCUUUGAAGCCAUCGUGAAGAUACCCUACCUGCAUACAGUCCCAAAAAUGUUUACAACUGAGAGCGAGGUUGCUACCUUGGAUUUCCUGCACUCCAAUGGCAUCCCUGUUCCCAAAGUCUAUUCAUGGUCUUCCAAAACAGACAAUGAGGUUGGCACUGAGUAUAUCAUCAUGGAGAAAGCAUCUGGAAAGCCUCUGACAGACUGCUGGUUCAAUCUGUCUGCCAAAGAAAGAGUAAAUUUGGUUACCAGCUUUGUUAACAUUGAGAAAAGGCUUUUCUCAUUCCGUUUUGGUGCACAUGGGAGCUUGCAUUAUAAGAAGAAUUUGCCGCAACAUCUCCAAGCCAAUUUAUAUGCCCCUGGAUCUCAGGCUGAUGGCGAUGCUGCAAGCCGGUUUUGCAUUGGACCCAUCGCGGAUUACACCUUCUGGCGUGGAAGACGAGCAGACUUUGAUAUACAUCGAGGGCCAUGGGUGGAUCACCGUGAAUAUCUUCAUGAUGUUGGCCGGCGUGAGUUAGAGUGGACGAAGAAGUUUGGCAACCCUCUCAGAAAUGACUUUCCUCAUUGCAUUUUAUUGCCAUCAAAGGCUCAUCCAGACACGUAUAUUGAUCUAUUGGAGAAGUAUUUGCUACUUGCUCCUUAUCUUUUACCACAGGACCCUAAUAGUCCUCUAAAUCAACCCACCCUACGUCACCCAGACCUCAAUCCAGGCAAUAUUUUCGUAUCUGACACAUGCGAAGUAUCUUGUCUCAUUGACUGGCAGUAUACAGCCAUCCUUCCACUUUUGUUGGUAUCAGGCAACCCACCUAUGUUUGAUAAUCCUGACGACGAGCCUCCAAAAAAUUUUGAUAAACCAUCUCUCCCACCGGACUAUGAAAAUUUACGUGCUGAUGAAAGAUCCCAAGCCGAUGAGCUGCACCGGCGGAGAAUGUUAUUUUGGUUAUACAUGAUUUUUAAUGGGAAAGAUAACAAGCCUCACCUUGAUGCCCUCCGGCACCCACUUGCGAUGCCUCGGCAACACCUGGUAGAACGAGCCGGACAUCAGUGGACUGGAAAUACAGUCACUUUGAAGGGUGCAGUUCUUCGUGUUGUCAUGAACUGGGAUCUAAUACUUGGAAGAAAAGCCGGGACUGUCAAAUGCCCUGUCUCUUUCGACGAGAAAGAACAAGAGGAAUUCUUUGAAACUGAGGAUAAGUGGUUUAAAGCAAAUAUUUUGGUGGAAUACUGGCGAUCUCUUCUGGAUAAUGUGAGCCAGGAUGGCUGGGUGCGGAACGAAUCAUACGACAAGGUGGCUGCGACCAACCAGAAGCUCAAAAAGGAGUGGUAUGCAGAGGCAGAGGAUGAUGAUGACCGCCUUUGUGUGGAGCAGCAUUGGCCUUUCCAGGAUCAUGAAGAGGUCGAUUGA